AUGACAGGACGUCUAUCACCAAGGAAAUAUAACCAUCCAUAUGAUCCAUAUACUAUUCAAAUCCAGUUAAUGAAUGCGGUGUAUGAUACCAUUAGCAAUGAUUAUAAAAUAGGUAUAUUUGAAAGUCCAACAGGUACAGGGAAAACUCUUUCCUUGAUCUGUUCAUCCAUGACUUGGUUACGCCACUAUAAACGUAACCAUAUUUUUCUGGAAGUAGUUGAUAAUAAUCUGGAAGAUAGUGAUGAUGAACCAGAGUGGGUUAAGACCGCUUAUCGAGAAUCAAUUGUAAGCCGAUCUAAAGGUAAGAUCAGAGAGUUUGAAGAGCAUUUGGAUAAGCUUGAAAAGGAUUAUGAUCAAAAUAAACGACGAGAAGCUGAAUUGAAACUGAGACCUAAAAAGAAGUUUAAACCGGCUGACUCGGAUGAAUCGAUGUUCUUGCCAGUUGAUUAUCAUAGCGAUUCUGAAACAACGACAGACGAAAGCACCGAGUUAGCUCGUCAAAUUGAGGAGCUUAAAAAGAAAUUAGCUCCAAAAAAAGACGUGGAUUAUGCGAAUGACUGUCCUACAAAGAUAUUCUAUUGUUCAAGAACGCAUUCUCAGUUAAAUCAAUUCGCGGGUCAAUUGAGAUUAACUAAGUUUGAAUCUUCUUUUGAUGAUUUACAAGAACGAACCAAAUAUUUACCCUUAGGGUCAAGAAAACAACUUUGUAUAAAUGACAAGGUGAGAUCUCAGGUUACUGUACAAAGUAUGAAUGAUGCAUGUAUUGAUUUACAAAAACUGAAAGAGGGUUGCAAAUUCCUUCCCAAGAAUUAUGUUGAUUCUGACUUAGUCAAAGAAUUUUCUGAAUUAAGUGUUGCGAAAAUUAGAGAUAUUGAAGAUUUGGGUAUAUUAGGAACUGAUUUAAAUGUAUGUCCGUAUUAUUCAGUACGAGGUGGUAUUGAACUAACUGAAAUCAUAUCUUUACCUUAUCAGAUGAUUUUCCAAGAUUCAACUAGAGAUAUAAUGAAAUUGGAUGUAAAAGAUUCUAUUGUUAUUAUUGAUGAAGCUCAUAAUAUAAUGGAUGUUAUAACGUCGUUGUAUUCAGUUAGCAUAACUGCUGAUAACCUUGACCGAGUUAUUAAGUCUUUAAAGUUUUAUUUGGGUAAAUUUAUCAAGAAAUUGAAUUCGGGCAAUAGAAUAAAUUUACAAAAAUUGAUUAAGAUUUGUCAGUCAUUGAGAAACUUUAUAAAUGACAAGUCAGGCAAGGUAAAACCAGGUGAUGAGAUCAAUGUAGAUGACAUCUUUCAAGAUUCAACUGCAGACUUAGUUAAUAUCCAUAAGUUAGAGAAAUUCUUAUCCAAGACGAAAAUUGCAUACAAGAUUGAGAAUUAUCUCGAGAAAAUUGAGAUAGAAAAUGAGACCAAUACCACAAUCAGAAGUAGUAGUUCUACUCCUCUCUUGUUUUCUGUGGUCAGUUUCCUUAAAAGUUUAACUCACCCUUCAACUGAAGGAAAAUUCUUCUGGGAUGUUACAAACAACACAACUACCAUAAAUUACAUGCUUCUUGACCCAAGUGGAGUAUUCAAGGAUAUUUUAAAUCAAGCCAAAUGUAUCUUAUUAUGUGGUGGUACAAUGGAACCAAUGUCUGAUUAUGCCGAUUAUUUGUUUCCUUCUGUACUUCCUGAAAAAGUGAAUAAAUUCACUUGUGGUCAUGUAAUUCCUAAAGAGAAUCUUGACGUUUUUACUGUUACUGAAAUGAACGGAAUAGAUUUUGAGUUUUCGUUUAAUAAACGGAACAAUGCUGUUCAAUUGAAUGCAUUGGGCCUGUUUAUUAUUGAAGUGUGUAAGAGAGUUCCCUAUGGUAUUGUAAUUUUCUUCCCAAGCUAUAAAUAUUUAAACCAGGUGUUGAUGGAAUGGAAGAAAUCAAACCUUUUGAACUCAAUUAGUCAACUUAAAUCUGUGUUCCAAGAGCCAUCUGAUGCAACCAAAGUUGAACAAACCUUGUCUGAAUAUUCAACAGCUGCACAGGCAAAAGGUGCAAUUCUUUUCUCAGUAGUUGGGGGGAAAAUGUCUGAAGGUAUUAACUUUUCUGAUAAUUUAGCAAGAGCUGUCUUAAUGGUUGGAUUACCUUACCCUAAUGCGUUUUCAGGUGAAAUGGUAGCCAAGCGGAAUUUUAUCGAAAAGAAUGUUAUUUCAAAAGGUGGUACUAAUAAUGAAGCUAAGGAAAAGUCAAUGAAUUACUAUGAAAACCUAUGCAUGAGGGCAGUGAAUCAAAGUAUCGGGAGAAGUAUUCGACACAUUAAAGACUACUCGAUUAUUUAUUUGAUCGAUUCUAGAUUUAAAUAUCCCAGAAUUCAAAUAAAGUUGAGUAAAUGGGUUAGAGAUAGAUUACAAGCUACUAAUAAUACCAGUCAAAUUUUCAACCAAACUGAGGAAUUUUUUCUUAAUAAGCUGGUAACGACAGACGUAUAA